UCCAGCCGCACCCCUUCCCUCGCCCUCUCUGGCGCUUGGAGGACCCUCUCCUCCUUCUGGGGGUCGGGCCCGAGCCCCGAGCUCCGGACCGGGCUCCUCCAAGCUCCGUGUCCCCGCCCGGCUCGGGGAAGCCAGCCCCACCCCACCACCCGUCACGGUCUGGGCAUCACCCCCCUCGGUCCCCUCCCUGAGGCGGCUUCAUCCCAUGCCCCAGACAUCCAUUCAUCCACCCACUCAUGAGUUCAGCCUACUCGGUUUUCGGGUUUUGUUUUGCCUGUUUCGUUUUGCUAGAGGUGGGGGACUACGUCUUCCGCAGGGGGAGGGGGCGCUUGGGGAUCCGCCCCGCCCAGGAGUAGGACCACGUGACGUGGCCGGCGGCCUUCGCAGAGAUCGGCCCCAGCUAGCCAUGGGCCGCGGGGCGCAGCUCUGGCUACUCUACCUGCUCCACCUGCUGGCCCAGGCAGCCCCCAGAUCCUUCGUGGUGGAUCGGGAUCGGGGCGUGUUCCUGCUAGAUGGGGUCCCAUUCCGCUACGUGUCGGGCAGCUUGCAUUACUCCCGGGUCCCCAGCCAGCUUUGGUCCGACCGGCUCCACAAGAUGCGCAUGAGCGGCCUCAACGCGGUGCAGGUUUAUGUGCCUUGGAACUAUCAUGAGCCACAGCCUGGGGUCUACAACUUCCAAGGCAAUCGGGAUCUGGUGGCAUUUCUGAAGGCGGCAUCCAGUGAGGACUUGUUGGUAAUUCUGAGACCAGGCCCCUACAUUUGUGCAGAGUGGGAAAUGGGUGGUCUCCCAUCCUGGCUGCUUCGAAAACCUGACAUUGUCCUAAGAACCUCAGAUCCAGACUUCCUUGCUGCAGUAGACUCUUGGUUCCAUGUCUUGCUGCCCAUGGUGCAGCCGUGGCUCUACCACAAUGGGGGCAACAUCAUCAGUGUCCAGGUGGAAAAUGAAUAUGGCAGCUAUUAUGCCUGUGACUAUAGAUACAUGAGACACCUGGCUGGGUUAUUCCGGGCACUGCUGGGGGAUGAGAUCUUCCUGUUUACCACAGACGGGCCUGAAGGGCUCAGCUGUGGCACCCUACAGGGACUCUAUUCCACUGUGGAUUUUGGCCCAGCUGACAACAUGACCAAGAUCUUUGCCAUGCAGCGGAAAUAUGAGCCCCAUGGGCCCCUGGUGAACUCAGAGUACUAUACAGGCUGGCUGGACUACUGGGGUGGCAAUCACUCGACAGAGGAUAUAAAGUCUGUGACUAGUGUGCUACAGGACAUCCUGGAGUUGGGGGCAAAUGUGAACAUGUACAUGUUUCAUGGAGGCACCAACUUUGGCUACUGGAACGGUGCUGAUUGGAAGAAGGUCUACCUACCAGUCACGACCAGUUAUGACUACGAUGCACCUAUCUCUGAAGCUGGGGACCCCACACCGAAACUACUUGCCAUCCGAAUGGUCAUUAGCAAGUUCCAGGAACUUCCCUUGGGGCCCUUGCCCCUCCCUAGCCCUAAGAUGAAGUUUGGACCUGUGACCCUGAAGCUGGAUGGUGGUCUGCUGGACUUUCUACAUGUCCUGUGUCCUGAUGAGCCCAUCCACACCCAUUUACCCCUAACUUUUGAGGCUGUCAAGCAGGAUUAUGGCUUCUUACUGUACCGGACAUGGCUGCCCCAGAACUUGACAAAACCAACUCAACUCUGGGUCCAGAACAAUGGUAUCCAUGACCGUGCCUAUGUGAUGCUGGAUGGGGUGUUUCAGGGGAUUAUGGAACGAGACAAGGAAGAAGCACUGUUUUUGACUGGGCAGGCGGGAUCCACGUUGGAUGUGCUGCUGGAGAAUAUGGGGAGGAUCAGCUUUGGAUUCAAUGUCAGUGACUUUAAGGGCCUGAUACAGCCUUUGGUCCUGGGGAAAGUUGUCCUCACUGACUGGAAGCUCUUUCCUCUGAAUAUUGAUGCCCUUAUGGACUCAGAUAAUAGGGUAUUUGAGACCCCAAAGCACGAUAUGAAGUCUCCCUCUGGCCCUGCCUUCUACUCUGCAACUUUUCGACUCCCAGGUCCUGCCUGGGACACAUUUCUAUACCUUCCAAGUUGGACCAAGGGCCAAGUCUGGAUCAAUGGGUUUAAUCUGGGCCGUUACUGGACAAAACGGGGCCCACAACAAUCACUCUACGUGCCAGGACCCCUACUUUUGCCCACAGGUGCCCCCAACAGCAUCAAACUGCUGGAGUUGGAGCAUGCACCUCCUGGGACUCAAAUCCAGUUUCUGGACAGACCUCUCCUCAAUGCCACUAUACACUAAAUACACUGUUGCUGACCUUCAGCUGACUGCCCUAGGGAAGGGCCAUCCCAGGCCCUGGGUGUGAGGUGUGGUUCUGUGGCUUUUCCUGAUGCCUGGUUUGGCAGAGAGGUUGGAGAUGUCCAACUGAAAUGCUGUUUCUUUAUCCAACUUUAUUGCAUUAAAUUUCAGAGACUCCAUACCCUUCUCCCUCCA